ACAGUGUGUGUUUGUGUGUGUAGCGAAGCAGGUAGCCAGCUCCUCCAGGCUCUUGCUCUCCCUCUCUCCCUUCCCUUUCUCUCUCUCUCUCUCUCUCUGUGUGUGUGUGAGCUGAUCAGCAUCAGCAGCGGGAGGCGGUGGACGCGUUUCUCUUGCAUCCUGGACCGGUUCAGGUUGCCCUGCAGGGGAGGGACUUUGCUUGUGCAGACUGGGCUGAGCUGCAGCAGGGAUGCAUCAGGCGGCAGAGACGGACCUCUGAGUUGACUGGAGAAACCCACGGCCUCCUGUUUCCUCUGAGAAAGAAGAAGAAGCGUGAACGCUGUUUCUCUACCUCCUCUUCCCUCCUACCCCGCCACUGGGGGCAAAUAAUCCCCGAACACCGCCGGAGUCGCUGGAUGGAGAGAGUCGCCUGAAGAAGGGAGAGCGGUGGAGUUGCUCUCCUCCUCCCCCCUUUCUCUCUACUGCACCAAAAGAAAACCCAGGGCUGGAUGAGACAUCAUGUCCUCGGCUGAAAGUGAGGAUUUAUCAGGCUACCGUUUGAGUGUGGUGCAGAACCCACCAGGCUGGGAGGUGGGGAUUUACUUGGUGGGCUUCUUGGUGCUGCUUGGUGCAGCGGGACUCAACAUCUGGAAGCUGUGGAAAUCUGGAACCUUCCCCGCCCCCUCGCCAUUCCCCAAUUUUGACUACAGAUAUCUGCAAGAGAAAUAUGGAAACUCCUUCUCAGAAGUCAGACAAAAGAGAGUGGCGGCCAUCAACCACCGGCGCACCUCCACCACCUCCAGCCGUAAACCCAGCCUGGCCCUCGGCGACACCCCCGACACGUUCAGGGAGCUGGGCCACCUGGAGCUGAUGAGCAGGGAGCUGGACCCAACGGGCUUGGCUCAGCUCAACCGCUCCAUCUCCACCGACUCGCUCAGCUCCAUCUCCUCCAUCGCAAACAACUUCGGUCACGACUUCACGGUCGGCCAGCUUGAAGUGACCCUGGAGUUCGACGCGCCUCGGCAGCUGCUCCACAUCACCCUGCACCAGGGAAAGGACUUGCUGGAGAAGGAGGAAGGGGACUUCCCUGGUUGCUUCAUCAGAGUGUCGUUGGGGCCAGAGGAGUUUAACGUGGGAGUGACAAGGGUCCAGACGAACGCGUUCACCGUCAUCUUUGACGAGCGCUUCUCCGUCCCCAUGGACCAGUCCGCCCUGGACGAGUACAGCCUGCGCUUCGCCGCGUUUGGCAUCGACGCCGAUGAACGGAACAUCAGCGCCGGCUUGGCUGAGCUGAAGCUGUCGGACCUGGACCUGACCAUCAGGCCGUUCAACGCCUGGCUCUACCUGCAGGACGUCAAUAAGGCCGUGGAUGCGGUCGGGGAGAUUUUGCUGUCUCUCAGCUACUUGCCGACGGCAGAGCGGCUCACGGUGGUCGUGGCCAAGUGCAAGAAUCUAAUAUGGACCAAUGAAAAGAACACAGCAGAUCCGUUUGUCAAAGUGUAUCUGCUGCAAGACGGCAGAAAGAUCAGCAAGAAGAAAACCUCCACGAAACGAGACGACACCAACCCGAUCUUCAACGAAGCCAUGAUCUUCUCGGUGCCGUCCGCCGUCCUGCAGGAGCUCUCCCUGAGGGUCACCGUGGCGGAGGCCACAGACGACGGACGGGGCGAAAACCUGGGCCACGUGAUCAUCGGCCCCGAGGCCAGCGGCAUGGGGAUCACCCACUGGAACCAGAUGCUGGCCACGCUGAGGAAGCCCGUCUCCAUGUGGCACCCGCUGCGCAGGAUCUAACACACACACACACACACACACACACACCCACCAUGGAAAAGCCUCUUCUCGUUCCUGUGGACUCUCGUUUGGUGCCGUGUUACAAUGUUAGGAUGUAGAUUUGUGAGCGAUUUUAUUGGUACCACAAUGAAAUUUAAACCACAUCUUCAUGUAAUAGGGCUAAGUAAAAAAAAAAAAAAUAUAUAUAUAUAUAUAUAAAAUAUAUUUGGUUAAUUACAGGCUGUGGUAAUCAAUCAGUUUUAGUCUCCAUUAAACAGCAGAAGGAGACAUGGACAUGAAAUGUUUUUCUUCUUUUCACAGGACUUUGAGCUUAGAGUUUGGGUUGAAGUGUUUGGUAAGAAAACUCCCUGUACUUGCAUGGUGCCUACUCUGGCUGUAGCCUCUCAUAUGUGUGUUGAGAAUGACCGACAGGGCGGCGGCGGGCGGGCGUCGCUCCUCUUUCAGGAAAAAAACACAAUCGUUUGUCAUUGAUUGCGCCUUAUUGGUUUUGUUAUUCCCCAGUGGAUUCUGAGCUGUUUUAAAAUUACUUAUGUAUCUUGUAAAGAGUGAGACUGACAGGUUUUUUUUUGUGUUUGUUUUUUUAUUUAUUGUACAUUUAAAAAAUAUAUAUCCAGGUACUUUUAUCCAGGUGAAAUAAUUGUAAUCUGUAGCAGUUGUUUCAGGAUGGCCGUCGAUGUGUUUUUAACGCAAUAAGCUGAUUUGGAAAGUAGAGUGCCGUAACUCUCUUCUCUCAUUCUCAUUUUUGUUGUUCCUCCAAAGAUUCUGUGUACAAAAUCAUGUUUUUCUAACAAUAAACUUAUUCAGAAAAAACAGCAAAACAAGCUUUAGCAUAAAUAUCAUCACUGACCAGUUAACUAUAAUCCAAACUCCUCUGGGAAUUUAACUUGUGAUGUAAAGAACACUACACAAAAUGUAUGAGUUUAUUUUGUGUGAGAGA